GCUUUGAUGUUCGUGCCGGAUACACAGAAGUGUGGUGAUAAAAACGAAUAUUUGAAAUAAAAACUUUUUUUUUUUAAAUUAUUUUCGUUAAAAAAGGUGGCGGUGAUAAUUGGAAAUCUGAUCUGAGUUCACCAGUGAAAAUGCAUUUUAUUCGCACGUUGCUCAUAUUUCUCUUAUUUGUAUUUGUUAUUGGUGUUUAUGCUUUGCCACCUGAAAUUAAUACUCUAACAUUCAGUGGCGUUUGUGAGGAGAAGGGCGGUGAUUGGUGUUCUUUGAAAUGUCAAAUUGCUGGUGGACGUGAUGGAUACUGUAAUAAAGUGAAGAUAUGUUAUUGUAGGCAAAUGUGAAAAUUUGUGUAAGAAAAAGAUUCAAAAAUUCAAAUUGUUUCUCUAAAUUUUUGUUUUUUUUUUGCAAAAUUAUAAUUUUUUCUAUGGGAAAUUUCUAAUAAAUUAACCUCAAAAUUUCGAUCUCUGAUAUAACCUUUGACAAUUGUAUGAAUAUAAGUGUUUCCCAAAAUUUUUAUUUCAAAUUAACUAAAACUAGGCACGUUUAAACAUACAUAUGUGUAUGUGUAUGUAUGUACUUGCAUAUAUUUUGAGUUAGAGACGGAAGCGAACAUUUUUGUGCAUACGAAAAUGUCAUGAAUAUUGCCGAAUUUUUGGCAAACCUGCAUAUGUAUGUAUGUAUGUAAGAAAUAUGUAUAAAUUAUUAUUAUUUUUUUUUUUACCAAAACGCAAUUAUUUUAGCUAUGCGAUGAAAUUUAUGUAUGCACGUAAAAUCAAAA